GCGUUUCCUUCUCUUUCUCUCUCUCUUCAAAAUCCCAGUUUCUUUCUCCGCGCGAGAACUGAACUCUGUCCUGCGCAUGCUUCCACGGUUCCUAACACCAAAUUCUCUCCGAACUUUCGCCCCUUAAAAAAAAAAAAAAUCGUCGAAACCACUCUCCGACCCUACUCUCGUUCCAGCCGCCAUCGCCGUCCUCCUCUUCGUCUUUCAAUUAUUCCGUACUGACCACCUACGUCUCCCUUUCUCCGCUUCGUCCUCCUCCUCCCCCUCCCUCUUCGUCUGUCGCCCUUUACACUUCUUGUUUCUCCAUCUAGGGUUUUGGUUUGAUUGCAGCAAUUGGGAGUAAAAGCAAUUGGUUUUAAUUUUUGUUCUUCGUGGGUUCACAGCUCGUACCAUGUAAUUUCUCCAUGAACACGACAAUGAUCAAGAAGGGCAAGAGUAAGAAGUGCUCAAUCAGCGAGGAGGACAUAGCCAAUCUCUUAGAAAGAUACACAGAAACAACUCUGUUGGCAUUGCUGCAAGAAGUGGCACACUCGGCCGAGGUCAAGCUGAAUUGGAAAGAGCUUGUGAAGAAGACUUCUACAGGGAUUUCAAAUGCUAGAGAGUACCAAAUGUUAUGGAGGCAUUUAGCCUAUCGUGAAGGGUUGGCUGAGAAAUUCGAAGAUGGGGCUGAACCUCUGGAAGAUGAUAGUGACUUAGAAUGUGAAUUGCAACCUUUUCCUUCUGUAAGUAAUCAAGCUUCAGCAGAGGCUGCAGCUUGUGUGAAGGUAAUGAUUGCCUCUGGAUUACCAAGCAACUCAAGUAUUCGUAACAGCUCAACAGUAGAGGCCCCAUUGACUAUAAAUAUACCUAAUGUGCGGACAUGUAGAGCUUCCGCAGAAAGUUCACAAUCUACUUGCUCUAUGAGAGGGAUCAACAUCACUGUUCCAGUUUCAAUUCAAAAGAAUAUUACAUUAAAUGACUCAUUGGAUGGAAAUGGUACUGAACGUGGGAACAAUUCUCGGAAAAGAAAGAAAUGGUCACCAGAAGAGGAUCAGGAACUUAUAGCUGCUGUGAACAAACAUGGUGUUGGGAAUUGGGCAAGCAUCUUACGAGAAGAAUGCAUGGGAGAUAGAACUGCUGCACAGCUAUCUCAGAGAUAUAAAAGCCUUAUUAAGAAGCAAGGAAAUGUCAAUUUGGAGGAAAAACCAACUAUCCCACAGCUUACUGAGGCUCAGCUGGCAACCCGUAGUGCAUUGUCCUUAGCCCUUGAUAGGCCGAAACAAAACUUAACGGCAGCUUGUACAAGAAGGCCUGGUACAAUUCUUAACCACCUCAUGCUAUUUUUAGCCUGUUAUAAGGCCUUAUCUGGUAUGCAUGCAAGCUAAGCUUAAAAGUUGAUGAUAUAUAUUGUGAUUACCCUUGCCCUUUAUGUGUCAAUAACGGACUACCUGUUAU